AUGCAGAACAGCUUCGGUGUCAGAGCUAGUGUUGAAAAUCGAACCGCUAUCUUCCAGGUCCGCUCGCAACUUCCUGUAAUUCACCAGAUUACCAUUGUGCGCGACCCCAACAAACCCGAAUCGAUACCCGGCGACAAAGGGCUGCACGUUUUUCAGCAUGGAAGCUCCGGCGGUGGAAUACCUAACAUGGCCGAUGGCCAAAUCGCCGGGCAAUUGAUUGAUUUUGGACUCGUUAAACACAUCGGUGACCAACCCAACACCAGUAACAGACUGAAAAACCUUGUCCUUUACCGCUACGAUGCCGGCGCCUUCCUGGCCGCGAUGCUGGAGGGCGUGGAGGCCCAGGUAGCAGAGCCGGGAGGCUUCUGGGUCGCCGUAGACGCCCACCACGCCGCACUCCUCGCGGGGCUUGUCGUCGAGUUCGUCGUAGUAGCAACGUUCGUCGUCUGA